AAGGGAAGCUACUCUGAAAAUUUAUGUACAUCCGGGGUAUUUUCUUCCAUGUUGACGACCGGUAGUUGAAGGACGAAGAAUGUUGUCCGCUAUUAGAACAGGGGCUUUUAGGGCUAUUGUCCAAGGAAAUGGUGCUGUUAAAGUGUUGUGUGCUGCUCCCUCAAGGGAAAUAAAAACAUUCACUAAGGAUGAGAGAGUGGAACAGUGGGACUAUGUCAACAGUAUCUACUUUGGUCCAGAGAGAGAUACCAAAAAUUUCCCCACUCCGGUUCAAGCUCUGCGUCCUCCACCUGUUAGGAUGGGGUUUAUCCCAAAUAGCUGGUUCGAUUUCUUUUAUCCCAAGACUGGUGUUACAGGGCCGUACUUGUUUCUUGGUGGCUUGGGACUCUGGAUGUUAUCCAAAGAAAUCAUGGUGAUUGAUCAUUACUUCUGGGAAAUACCCUCAUUUUGGGGUAUGAUUUAUAUCAUGCAUAAACAUCCAAAAAUAGGACCCAAGAUUGCACAGGUGUUUUCAAAGUAUAGUGAUAACUACCAAAAUAUCUACUACACUAGACCACUCAACAAGAUGAGAGAAGUUGAAAAUGAAACUAUUGGCAUCAUGCAGCGUAAAAUUGAAGAGACUGAGUCUGUCAAGCAUUUGUAUCAGGCUAUGCAGGAAGGUGUCCAGCUUCAGUUGGAGUCUGCUUACAGACAGAGACUGCAAACUGCUUAUCAGGAAGUUAAGAAAAGAUUGGACUAUGAAGUAGAGAAGACUAAUGUCAAAAGGAAGUUUGAGCAAGAGCAUAUGGUCAACUGGAUUGUGUCUAAUGUCACCAAGAGCAUAACGGCCCAACAGGAGAAAGAUAGCAUCAAGAGCUGUAUACAGACUUUGAACAGGUUAUCGGCCAAGCAGGCACUAGCAUAAGUUAUUUGACCCCUGACUACUGAAUACACUGUCAACAUACACUGAGAGGAUUUUGUGGUGAAUGGAAGAUUUCAGAAAAUUAUACCUGUUCUUGUAAACUGUACAAAGUAAAGACUUUAGAUUUAAAGAAUGCCUGAGUUGUCUACCAUUCAGCUCUACCCUGAAGGUGCUCAUCUGAUAGUAGAGUUGGUCUGUCAGUGGGAAAGGACUGUAGAAUUUUAUCAUUUAUCUGCCUGUUGUUUAGUUUAUAUUUCAAAAGAUUGUUAAGCUUGAAAUAAACAACAGCUUUGUAUAAUU